UGGACUAAUGGGUCUUGCAUUAUAAUUAAUAUUCGAUUUAUCACUCAAAAUUUGGGGGAAGCAAACAUUAUUUUCAAAAACAUUCAAUUGUUGGGUGUUUAAUUCUGUAUUUGGAAUACUGAGAGAUAAAUUAGGUUGGAAAUAUGUCCGGGUUGGAAGAGAACAAUCAUUGGAAAUGCUACAAUUAACUUUUAAUGGGCUUUGUAAAAUUUCUUUAAUUGUAUUCUGGGGAGGAUUUAAAGUUGGUAAACAGUCUUGGGGCAAUUCAGGAAGGAAAUAUGAAUGGUCAAUUUUUGGGGAGACUUCAGGAAGGGCACUUUCCAAAGUAAGGCGGAAAUUACGUAAAGUUCGGCGGUAUCGUUUAAGUUCAUUCAUUUUCGUAAUAUAGGAAGUUUGUCGUAAUAAAGUUUCAUAAAUAAUGCUAUCAUGACCUCU